ACGACCACUCCGUACUUUGGCCCCUUCGCGAUCUCUGAGCUCCAGAGUUUAGGAAUUUUACACUUUUCGAUUCUUCGACUCCAGAUCUUUGGAAGAAACGAAAAUGCUGAACAAAAAGAUUGCCGUAGCAAUCGCCGUUUUUGUGGCCAUUAUUUGUCUGGCUGAAGCUCGUAACGACGAUGGUCCACACGACAUGGCUGAUGCUCUUCGCAUGCUGCAGGAGCUAGAUCGCUUCUAUACUCAGGCCGCUAGACCGAGGAUUGACCGCCGCGACGUAGCGGAAGGGGACCGCGUCGAUCCGGAUAUGUUAGAUCGUGCGGUGCGGCUCCUACAGCUGCACAACCUAGACCGCAUUUACUCCUACCACAGCCGACCAAGGUUCGGCAAACGUUCGGAGGCUUCGUCGAACUGGGGCAAAGACCUUGAAAAGCCGGAUUUACCAGCUUGGCUUUCCUACGCCAGAAGGAGAUGAGGGGUGCAACAGCGUUACCCUUUCCAGUCAUAAAGUUCGUGAUUACCGCUUACAUCACAUUUACCAUACCGGACUCAUGUAUAACACGUCAUAGAAUAAGAUCUUUGGUAUUUCACCAUAAUUAGACUGAAUGUUGUAGGAUAUGGUCACCAUUUCAUGUACCUACUUCUACUGCGUCUAAAGCUAUAGUGUAUCUACAUAUUUACCAUAGUUAUUAUAUUCUAUAUGUGUAGAGUACUUACUAUUUGUUUAUAGGUGUGAACUCAGUUUUAAAGACGUAGACUUGAGGAUUAUCACUAGUUAUAGGGCAUUCAUUCAUGGGUUCAUUUCUGAUAAACUAAAUAAAAUACAGCUCAACUUUCGGAUACAUUUUCCUGUUGAUGGUACCACAGAACCUACCAAAAAUAAACUCGUAAGUACCAGCGUGUGAAUAGAAUAUUAAUAUUUAUUCUUCACCCCUGCAUUGGGGAUCCGAUCGGCAUAGAAAAUAAUAUAAAAUAAAAUGUAUGAUCGGCUUUACGGGAUCAGGGGGUCGAUUCUGAAUCUUCCAAUAACUCAGUUGUCGACCGAUUUCUUUUUAUUUUUAUUUACAACACCCGAAUCGAACGUCGAAACUGUCGUAUUCGAAAUCGAACCGAAAUGACGUCACACCCGUACGAUUACUCGAA